AUGGGGGGGCGGGUGGAGCUAGAGGGGGCGGUGGAGGAGGCGGUGGGGGUGGAGGGGGGAGUGGGAGUGGCGGUGGGGGUGGUGGCGGGAGUGGAGGUACUAGUGGUGGCGGUGGAGGCGGAGGUGGCGGCGGAGGUGGUAGCGGAGGAGGCGGUGGGAGCGGUGGGAGCGACGGUCCUGGUGGGGGAGGUGGCGGUGGAGACGGGGGUGGCGGUGGAGGCGGGGGUGGCGGUGGAGGCGGGGGUCGGAGUGGCUCGUCCCAGCGGAGCAGCUCUGGGGGUGGUACUAGUGAGGCUGCAGCUCUAG